AUUUCCGGUGUUAUCUCCGCUUCUGUUGUUUCUAUCCGAACCUCGUGCGAGCUCAGAAAGAUUUGUCUCGAUGCAAAAGGCGAAAUAAAAGGCAAGGUGUCGCUAUCUAUGCCACAUCGUUCCCAACGCAUGCUGUCGCCUUGCAAUCGGAAUGCCUUUUGUUUCCACUCCAGCGCGGUCUUAUCUAUGCCAAGGCUCGGACAUGAAACUUCCAUUGCUGAAACCGUUACUCUGCUGUACACCGAUCAAUCUUAGCAAUCCCGUUCACCUGGGUGGUCACGUCCAGCUCACCAAGACCUGCCGUGGCGAAAACGACGCAGAGCGUUGCUGUGGCAUGUAUCCUUGACAGGUACGGUGUUCGAGAUUGAGCAAGAGACGGACCAGUCGAGGCGAGCAUGUGUAUAUAUUUAGAAAUGCUCAAAUUAACCGAGCCUCCAUGCCGACGCCACGAUGGUUCAACGAUCUCCAGCUCUGCCUACCGUGCUCGGCUCGGCGGGACCGUCUAACGAUGGCUGCUUCUUUUGACUGGGCUUGGCCUCUUUGAGGGUGUCAAAGGAGUUCUCAGCCGUGCUGCGGGUGUGGAUUAGCAACGUGCAUUCAGGCUCGCCUCGCGCACAGUGCAUCGGUUUCUUUUCUCUUCUUUUCUCUUCGUCCACUAUAAUAGACUCUCGUCUAGAGGGCAUCCAACUUCCUCACUUUCCUUUUCCACCCUCUUCUCCCUACCGAGAUCGUUCUCGUCAGUGGCCCGGUUUCAUCCUUUUUCUCUUUGUCUCUUGCACUGUGUCUGGGUUCUCUCCGUUUCCGUGGAGGCUCCCUGUAUAACACUAAUCUCCGUUUUUGUCUCUCUUCUCUCCCUCACCCCCCAAAAUGCUCUCUAAAGAGGCUUCCGACGUUGACCGAUCCAUUCCUGGUCUCGCUAUGAACCCAAAAUUCACCAAAGUGAGCAAUAUCUCGAGAAGGAUACACGGGUGGUCUUGGCAGGCUUUCCCGAUAGGUAUGGGUACCGGAGCAGUCUAUGUCUGCUUGGCUGGGAUCCACCCGCACCCGGGGUUGCCACUGACCAUGGUCGAGACCGUAUUCUACUUUCUGAACAUCGCAUUGUUCUUGUUGAACUCGACGACUCUGCUGCUUCAGCUCAUCCUGUACCCGCGACAAGCGAAGAGACUCAUCACCGAUCCAUCCAAAGGCAUUUUCGUCCCUCUAAUAGUUCUGUCUUUUGCCACGAUUAUAAUCGGUACCAUUAACUAUGUCCUACCAACGGGACAUGUAUCCCCUACGUUCAUUUACUGUUUGUUCUGGAUCUACGUUGGCUUCGGUCUGCUAGUGUGCUUCCCUAUGUUAAUGAUAUGGUUCAACAAGCCUCAUGACUUAAAGACGUUCACCCCUGCAUGGGCCUUCCUGGUGUUCCCUAUGAUGCUCGUCGGCGUUGUUGCGUUCAACGUUCUACGGGUGCUGCCUCCGGAGGAUCCGAGAGCUUUGGGUGUUUUGCUGACAGGAUACGUUUUCCAAGGAUUGGGCUUCUUUAUGACGUUCUUCUAUAUUUGUAUAUACAUCAUUCGUAUCAUGACCACCGGCUUCCUUGAGGGACAUCAGGCCAACGGUGCGUUCGUGGCUUGUGGACCUCCGGGAUUCACUGCUCUUGCUCUGAUCAAUCUGGCAGAGCAAGGACAAGAUAUCCUUGCGGCACAUAAUCUAGUGUCAAAAUCCGCGGGUGAGAUCUGGUAUGCAUCUAGUGUGCUCGCUGGUCUGCUGCUCUUCGGGUUGGCCGUAUUCUUCUUUUUGUUUGGCGCUCUCCCAUACUGGUUCAAGUUGCACAAACACUUGGACGAGAUCCUCGGAUGCUGGGCCCUUACCUUCCCCAAUGUCGGCUGGAUCCUCACUAUCGGUAAACUCGGAGACAUCUUUCAUCUCCAAGGAUUCUACGUCUGGAACCUCGUCAUGGUCAUUCUCAUGUGUGCCACCUGGUUAAUCCUGUUCUUCCUCACCGCCAUUGCUUUCUGGAAAGGCAAGAUCUUCAUGGCGACACCGGAAGAAAUCAUCAGGGACGUACAUGCGAGUGAGAAGAAGAAACCGAAAGACCUUGAAAUGGCGCUGGUGGCCAGUACGAGUCAGGUUGCGGUGGCAUUGGUCAGACAUAGUGAUGCAUCGGAGAGGCCAUCGGGGCAUUUCGACAGCAUACCAUCGCAUUACGCCACUAGCGGACAUUUUGCAUUAGCACCCACACCUUAGACUUAGUAGAUUCUUUCUGCACUUUCUCCGUACCUUUCUGUUAGAUACAGUUUAGACUGGACGCCAUGUCUAUUUUUACUUAGUUUAUAAUAUGAUCAUGCUUUCUGCGAGCUUCGUUCUACCGCAACGACAGGAAUGCUAAGC